CUGUCUACUUUGACAGAGGUUAGUUGGUUCAACACUUGGGAUCAGGAUGCUAACUGGCACGUUGGCUAUCCUAACAUUCAACAGGUUAUCUACGGAUUAACACGGCAUCCAUCCAUCUCAGGGAAGACAGAAAUGUUACUGUGGUAGAAUGGUUUGUGUUUUAAGGAGUGCUUUUUUUAUGAAAUGGUUCAAAUUUGAUCUCUAACUGGAGCUUCACCAAGGAAGUGAUAUCAACCACCGGCCAAGAUGUCAGAUAAAAAGAUGUCAUCGAGCCGCAAGCAACAUCUGAAGAGCUUGAUGCUCCAGAUUGCCCAGGGGCUCAUAGAGGCUGAGGCCAUCCAGGCAGAGGAGGAGAAGAACAGGUACAUGGAUGAGAAUGUCCCCUCCCUCUCCAUCCCUGGACACAUGCAGGAACUCCAGGAUCUGUGCCAGAAGCUCCACCAGCAGAUUGAUGCAGUGGAUGAACAGAGAUAUGACACGCAAAGCAAAGUAGCCAAGUCUGAUAAGGAGAUUGAGGACCUGAAGAUAAAAGUACAGGACCUGAAGGGCAAGUUCAAGAAGCCCGCCCUGAAGAAAGUACGCAUGUCUGCUGAUGCUAUGCUCCAGGCUCUGCUGGGCUCCAAACACAAGGUGUCCAUGGAUCUGAGGGCCAACCUGAAACAAGUCAAGAAGGAGGUCAAGGAGGAGGUGAAAGAUGCAGCUGACUGGCGUAAGAACAUUGAGGACAAGGCUGGCAUGGAUGGCAGAAAGAAGAUGUUUGAGUCUGACCCUUAAACAAGUCCCCCAAUGUCUGUAUUUGUGUUCGUAUGUCUCAUCGACUGAUAACAUCCUCCAUUUUUAAUCUAAAGGGCAGCUCACUUAAAAA